AUGGGGUUUAAAUGUUUGGACUGGCACUCUGUACUCAAUCGCAUGAUUGCUUUAGCUCAUCAGGGGAACGCCAUAGCUAUUAAAAAUUCUAUUCCAACUACUCUAUGGGUUCUACGUCAGACCGCUCCUGGACUACGUCAACCAAGUUGUCUACUCAGGACGCACGAACGACGUCACCCUCAUUCAGCCUGUCCAGCGGGCGCCACGAGAAUGAUUGCCGACCUCAAAUCCAUGGGCUACGAAACGCGUCUUGCGAUGCUUGAGCUCUUUCCGUUGGAGUACCGUCACCUCCGAGAGAACCCAAUUCUCACUUAUGCCCUGUUUGAACAAAGCUUGGCAAACAGGUUUCUUACCGUUGACCCAGCAAACAACCGGCGGGGGCAUAAUAAGAAAAUUUUCAAGCUCAGAGCACACACAUUUAUUCGGGUAGUAGCUGCGUCGAAUGACCUUCCUCCGACGGUUGUGCACGCUCCUUCUAGAACCCAGUUUAAAGCACUAUUAGACAUUAAUUUAUGCGAAUCCUCGCGCUGGCAAGUAUACUGUGAACGACAGCCACUGACCGACAAGAACAAAACCGACCCGGGAAACUUUGGCAAUAACCUAGAUCCUGUGUAUCAAUCCGUGAAUCCAUGGACGGCAGCCGCUGAACUGGAAGAACCAGCCUCACCCAGGAAACUGGGGCGAAAGCCUCGAUCCUGUGUAUCAAUCAGUGAAUCCGGGAUUAUAUGGGAAGGUGACAAUGUUUUAAUACGGACUCGGAAGUUCAUGUCUAACCGUCUGCUGUUUCGCCGGCAGAUGGUGGUAGACAUUCUGCAUCCUGGGCGUUGUGUCCUGUCGCUCAAAGAUAUCCGGGAGCGUCUCGCGAAAACUUACAAAACUUCUCCUGACAUGGUAUUCGCUUUCGGAUUCAAGACACACUUCGGUGGUGGGAAGUCCACAGGCUUCGCCUUGGUGUAUGAUUCUUUGGACCAUGCAAAGAAGUUUGAGCCGCGUUACCGGUUAAUUCGAGUAAGUUUUGUGAUUCAGAAUCUAACUGGUUGUCAGAAUGGGUUGCUGGCCGCUACCCCCAAGGGCAGAAAGUUGAGAAAGGAACGCAAAAACAAGGCCAAGAAGAUUCCGUUCAGCUGUAGCACCCUUCCGGUGCCUAGCUGCCAUGCCACCCGAAGGAAGCACGAGGGCUGGGAUACUGCCAGGUUGCCCAAGCCUAGACAGGGGAAGUUGAGAGGCGGAGGUCGGAUUCGAACCAUGGACCUUCCGUUAUUGUUUGACCGCCUCUGGCUCUCUUCCACUCUUCACAUGGUUGUGCAAAAAGAGCUCUUCGAGGAAUUCGGUCGACUGGCAUACGCGACGCGUAGCCAAGCCAGCACAACCUGUUCAGUGACCAGUUCAUCUAUCGAGGUUGUGAAGAGCAUACCAAACCAUGAGGCGAAAUUAUUUGGAUUAUUUAAUAUUGUUUGUAUUACCACAGGGUCAGAUCCAAUAAGAGCUAUGUCGUCUUUGUACUCGGUAUCUCUGAGCGGACGCCUCGGGAGCACUUCGAUCCCACAGACAUUAGAGGCUGAUAGUGAGUCUUUCAUGAUUGUAUCAAUAACGAAUUUGAAGAGCAAAUGUGAAAAAGGACAACCCCUGCGAGGGCUUCCCGUGGAACUUCACACGGCCGCGGGCGUUGGCGUACAACGCCCUAAGGAGGAUCAAGAAUUUAUGGGAGAAAGCUUUGCUUCACGGACACUGCCACAGUGUCUGACGAUGACCGUCGACAUGCUUCAUUCCGCGAGCACCUCUUCGUUCCAUAUAGCGCCAAUAAGCUUUGUCAGAGGGGUCACCUGGGAUUCUCCGCCUUUGAAGGGGGAUGUAAAUAGGCCGUCUGGUCCUGGUGCCUUCUAA